UUGCAAGCGCCAACGAACGUCUCGGUGAAGCGUAAAGCAAGUUUGAUAUGAUAACUGCACGUUGGAUCAUCGAACCGAAUAAGCAUGAGUCAUAGCGCCCAGUCUUGGCUUUAAAUCUUCCGUCGACCCUCGGAGAAAAUCGAUAUUCCAAUGUUUGACCCAAAUAUUAUUUACCUUCUCUGAUCAGACCCAUACAGAACCUCUCUGAAGGCGUGGCUUUAUGUCACGGAGACGCGCUUGAAAUAAUUUCAUUGAUAUUCAGCCGGGUACCUGAGCGGCACCGUGAGAACAAACAGUGGCUAAAUAUCGCAGUGAUAAAACCACGAAUAUGAUAUGAAACCGAGAAUACACCGCGGCAGGGAAUUACAGACAGGAAUUGUAGUCAGCUGGUUCAGCUUUGGAACACCUCAACAAAAGUAAUUGACAAGACUCUUUAAAUACAAAAUGGGAACCAACCCGAAAAGGACAGUGACUGUCCAAAUGGUUCCCCAGCUCGCUGGAUUGGAUGUUCUUGGAAACAAGGAGUCUAAUGCCAACUGGACUAAGGAACCUGACCUCAACCUCAACCAGGGCUGCCCUGGACCUAAUUCUACAGAACACAUGUGGGAUAAUGUGUGUGUGACAACCACCAACACAACAUCCCGUAUCCAAACAACAGGCCCAAGGGAACCUGGCGGCGGGGGUGUGGUAACGUCUGCGCCUUUCUCGACCGACAGCGUCAGAGGAAAACCCUCCCCGGACCAUGUUAUUGGAGCAGAGCAGCUGACGGGCCCAACGGCUCUGCCCUGUCGAGGUGGGAGCGCUGCCGAGGUGGCAGCAGAGGGCAGCAGGGACGGCAACGCUAACCUGACGGCGUUAACCCCCGCAGCAGCCGUCGAGGAGAAGGAGCAGGACGUCUGCAAGGCCGGCUUGUCGCUCGCUGUUACAUCACCAGAGGCUGAUGUGCAGACAAACUACUGCAGAGCAAAAGAGCCGGGCGGAGCGGGGGAGGGGGUCGCAGGGACCCGGCUGCAGCCCACAGCAGUACGAAGCGUCACAGCCGGAGUGUCCUCAGCGGCUCGAGACGACUCACUGGCAGUCGGGGACAACAAAGACACGGCCGCGCAAAAUCAAAAGCGCCCCCAGACCUGUGAUCCGAAGUGUGGCUCCGUCUCGUUGACAGCUCUCAAACAAGAUACGGCCAAGGGGUCUUCUUCAGUCACCGCGGACACCAGUGCUCUGCUGCCCGGCAGAUCAAAAGAGGCUGGCGAUAAUGCAACACAGGGCCCCUCGCUGUCAUCCAGCCCCCCCACCGUCGUCCCUGCCACCAACCCUGCUCGGUCGGAAUGCCCUCUAGAGGCCUCCAAAAGGGGUACACCGGGGACAAUCUCUCUGAAACCUUCCUGCAAAAUGGAAUACGUCAAAACGUCUGAGACGUCCCAGCCAGAACCGAGGGAUAAGAACGUUGUAGCUCCAGUCAAUGUCACCACCGCCAUCAUGUCUCCAUCAGACAGCAAGGCAGACAUAGGGCUUAGGAACAAGGCCCCAAGUUCUGUUCCUCCCGAGAAUAGUGAUUCAACAUCUUCUCCGAUUGCAAACAAACAGAGUUCCUUAGAUAAACGCCAGGGAGAAUCGUCUUCAUCACAGAAGGAGCGUUGCUCAUCGCCCAAGGCUGCCCAACAGACCCAGAACCAACAGACCCAGAACCAACAGACCCAGAACCAACAGACCCAGAACCAACAGACCCAGAACCAACCGAUUCAGAACCAACAGACCCAGGACCAACCGAUCCAGAACGAACAGACCAAGAACCAACCAAUCCAGAACAAACAGACCGAGAACCAACCAAUCCAGAACCAACAGCAGUCUUCCAACCACCAUACAGCACGGGUGGCCAACGGAGUGGUCCAGACUGCCUUUGCCUCAGAGCAACCUAAAGACCAUUGCAAACUGUACUGCGAGGCGUCGACUAUGACACGCACCCCAGUUGCCACCCCCACCCACUGCAAGCAGUGCCAAGAUGCGGAGAUCCAAGCAGUGGCUGAUGUUUGUAGCCGGGCAGUCUCCACAAGCCCCAGCCUGUUCCCUCUGCCUCCGCCCUACAGGUCCACCGACAGAGGUGCUGCCCUGAGGGAUGCAAGCGGCAUGGUGCCCUCCCACCACACCCACACAGGUGGCGAUCCGCCAUGUCUGCCGCCGCCUAACUACCCAGCAGAUCUCCGGCAUGGGUCAGACCGGUUUACCCUGGAGGCGGGGUCAUGCUCAAGUCAGAGUGCCGGGGUGGUGCUCCACGCCGAGGAGGCGAUGGCGGCCCUCCAUGCGGAGGUUGCCAGGCUGGGGGCCAAGCCUAAAGACCCGGGGUUCGGGGGGUCGACAGUGAUGUGCGACCCCCAGCCCAGAGGAGCCCUCCAGCCUCUGCAGCCUGUCUACCAGAUCAACAUCGAACAGUGCGGCGGCCAAAAUGAGCCACCUGCAAAUCUAAAUUGCCAACAGCCUCGAGCAGAGGAGACGCCGCACUCCCGUCCAAAGCCCGAGGCAGCAGGGAAACUGGUGGUGUCUAAGGACAUCGAAGGUGUGCCAACGCGGGCAGCUUUGCCUCCACUUGCGAAAGCUCCAGCCUCCCAAAUUGAAUAUCCCGUCCCAUCUGCAACUGCCGCAAGCAGCAGCAAAACCUCUGGCUGUACGGCUGCUCCUCCUUCUCAGUCAGCAUCUUCCUUUACCAAGCCCAACCAGGCAGCAACGCCCACCUCCAAAAAAGCAGAGGAUGCUAAGCCUGUGAAGUGCGCGGAACAGCCUAGAAGCAAGCCGAGUGGCCAAAAAGACCAGACGGGCAAGCAGUCGUUGAAAUCGGCGAAGGGGGGCCUCGUUAAGGGGGUCGGGGGCGUUAAGGCUUUGCUGGGCAAGAAGAAGCAGGAGCAGCUGGAGCCGGAGAGGAAGGAAAAGGAGAAGGGGGAAGAGGAAGGGAUGCAGAAGGCUGAGAAGAGCAUUCACGAUGUGGUGUGGGACGAACAGGGGAUGACCUGGGAGGUGUACGGGGCCUCCGUUGACCCCGAGUCCCUGGGUUUUGCCAUCCAGAGCCACUUGCAGUGUAAGAUCAAAGAACAAGAGAAGAAGAUUGUGACCCGGUCAUCACUCAGGAAGUCCGUGACGCCAGACUCGCCCGCGGCCGCGGCCAACAGUAGAAAGACCGAGAGGAGGCACCACAGCAUUCUCAGGGCGAUGCUGCGAAAUGCCCGACGGCCCAAGUGCUGCGCACGCCCCGCCCCCUCCGCCGUGCUGGAGUGAGAAGCAGAAGCCGCCGGGGCUGAUUGGAGCAGACGCUGUCAGCCGACUCCCUUGUGAACCCGGGCCGUGUUUCCUCUUGCAAUGGUCCUCCCCAUGCCAAGACAAGCGUGGGUCACCCUUCUAGUCAGAUGUCGUGGUGUUAAGAAAUCCCAUUAGGCGAGGUCGUUGAUGAUUGAAGAGGACGAAACCGAAAGCAAAAAUGUGAACAACUUCGUUUUUUUUUUUGUUAUGAACAACUUAUUUUUUAGACAUAGAAGAUAUUGUAAUGAGAGAAAUUCUAAAGGUGUUUAAAAAGGAAAAAUUGCAAUAAUAAUAUCUUAGUGAAACGCAUGUUUGUGUUAGUUCUUAUGGCAGUCAUAACUCAUAUUACCUCCACUAUGAAGUCCUGGUCUAUAAAGUACGUGGCACUGGUCUUUGGUCAUACGUACAUAUGUUACUGUCAGAAUAAUACCCUUUACAGAUGAUCUUGUGCAACUAAAUAUCACUACUUCUCAGUGCAUUGUGGGAGCAUUGUGGUAUACGUAUGUUAAUGUUCUGGGUGUGUUGUACACCCUCUGUUUAUAACAUUGGUAUAUAGCUCUUGUUUUCUUUUUUCCAUUUUGCAGAUUUUAUUUUGAGUGGGUUACUACUGAUUUUGUCUUGAUAAAGAACAACAACAACUCGGCUGUGCUUGCUUUUGUAUGCCAUACAGUAUAUACAAUUUGAC